AUGUUAGUUGUCCUACAAAUUCAUUCAUCUAUAAACGUUAAAGUCUUUGCAUCUCGUCUAAGAAAGCAUUUUUUCUUCACUCGAAGAAAAAUAACAAGAAUUGCAACUUGUCUCUCUUCUUCACGUUGUCCAUUGUAUCCUUCCCACUGGAAUCUUUGUAGGUGGAAUAACAAACAAGGAGGAACAGAAAUCGGUUUGCUAAUUGGCGGGUUAAUAGUUUUCAGACAAACUCUCAAGUCCGAUCAGGAAACGAAACGAGAACAAAAGAAAAGAGAUUGGAUUUUGGUGACGGCGUUUCCUUCGCCGUCGUGUUCACCAUGUUCAAGAGAGACGACUACAUUCGAACUAAUCAUGACCCCUUUUUUUCAAAGUGGCAGGGUUUCGCCCGAUCUAUGUUUCUGCGUAAACCCAUUUCAGAAACUGCAGAAUUCGCAAGACUUUUGCGGACUACUCCUUAAUUUCUCGAGAUUUAGGUCCAAAGCCAAAGGAGCCAACGAGAAGGAAAAUUUCAGAGAAGGGAAAGAUCUUGUUGGUAGAAACAGAGUCCAAGGAGCCUUCCAGGGUCUGUAUGAGCUCAGUCAUGACCAUGGCAGAAAAGAUGAUGUUCUUGUGGCUAAUCUUGGUCAACCUGAAAGCAUUAGAUCCCGGCUCCGGUCUUAUAGUAGAUCUUUUGCUCAUCAUGACUUGCUUAAGCAGGGUUUGUCUCAAACUAUUCUUCCUACUACUCAGAACAAAAGUGACAACCAAACCGAAGAGAAGAAGUCUGAUUCUGAAGAAGAGAGAGAGGUCAGUUCUGAUGCUGCUGAGAAGGAGAGUAAUUCGCUUCCAUCUAUACUUAGACUCAGUCGGUCUAGACCUCAACCGGUUUCAGAGAAACAUGAUGACAUAGUUGAUGAGUCUGAUUCUGCUUCUGCUUGUGGAGUCUUACUAGAAGAUGGUACUACUUGCACUACAACUCCAGUCAAAGGAAGAAAGAGAUGCACAGAGCAUAAAGGGAAGAGACUUUCUCGUGUUUCCCCCGGGAUCCACAUACCGUGUGAAGUUCCUACCGUAAGAGAAUGUGAAGAAACUGAGAAUAUAUGUGGAGUGAUUUUACCUGACAUGAUACGUUGCAGAAGUAAACCUGUUUCAAGGAGAAAACGAUGCGAGGAUCACAAGGGAAUGAGAGUUAACGCCUUCUUUUUUCUGCUGAACCCAACAGAACGUGAUAAAGCCGUCAAUGAGGACAAAUCCAAACCUGAGACAAGUACAGGCAUGAACCAAGAGGGUUCGGGUCUUUUAUGUGAAGCUACAACAAAGAAUGGAUUGCCUUGUACAAGAAGUGCUCCUGAGGGCAGCAAAAGAUGUUGGCAGCACAAAGAUAAAACAUUGAACCACGGAUCAUCUGAAAAUGUUCAGUCAGCAACUGCAAGUCAAGUAAUUUGUGGCUUUAAGCUGUACAAUGGAUCAGUAUGCGAGAAAUCUCCAGUGAAAGGAAGGAAGAGAUGUGAGGAGCACAAGGGGAUGAGAAUCACAUCUUGAAU